AUAGACAUUUAAAGCACUUUUGCAAAAGAAAAAAAAAGAAUGGCAUUUAUCUUGCUUUAUCCAGCCGUAGCUGCUCUUGCUCUCUUCAUUAUCGGUGUUAUUAUUGUAAUUUUACGAUUUGGACCACGUCUUUGUGGUUUGCGUCAUCAUGCGCUUCCCGAUAAUCACGAAUGGGACGGAAAGAGCUAUGAGCAUGAGAUCAGCUACGCCUAGGUAAGGUUCCUUCAUACUGAACUCGUUAUUGUCAUGACUCAAAUAUGUGGAAACUUCUGCUGUGUAUUUUUUCAAGUGAAUCAAGGCAAUGGAUGGUCGGUGUGAAAAGUUUUGAUGUCAUUAAAAAUAAUUGCUAACUCGAAUACUACUUCUAUAAAAAACUGCACAAUUAAUCUAGCAACUAAAUUCCGCGAUAAGAGGAAUCACAUUAAGAAUUAGUACAAACUUACGGCAACAUAUCGUAAUUUUUAAAAGUGUCUUUUUAAAAACAAAUUUAUACUUUUAUACGCAUGCAUAGUAAGUUCACAUUACAAUUUUAGGUUAAAUUGAAACUCAAACUAUUCCGUCCGAGUAGUAUUUAAAAAAUCAGGAGCACUAUUUACAAUGCUCAAAUAACCAAUAGUUUGUAAACAGUUUUAUAAACGCAUGUUUUACGCAAUGAAAACAUUUUCUAAUAAAUGAUACAAAUUUA